AUGAAACUCCUCAACGCGAUUGCAUCUACGGAACUGGGUCUGUGGCCGCUUAUCCGCCCACGCAGCAUCGACUACAACACCAACGCCACAGACCAAGAACAGGAAAAGAAAGAAGACUUUUCAGAUGGAAAAUGGGAGUAUUACGCCUUCCACCCCGCAUUUAACAUCCACUUCGACCCCGUCUCCAUCUCGGAAUCCGGUCACACCGUCUUCGAAGCCAUAAUGAAGCGCAACAACGGGAAAGAUUGGGACGGCUACGUCCAACCCUGGUUUAAACUCUACCCAGACAGCAGCGAGAAGCGACUCGGCGAUCUCUUUAUCCAGCAUCCCUCCGACACCACAUUAUAUAAACACUACGGUCGCGCAGACGAUCUUCUAGUCUUCCUUACGAACGAAAAGUUCUAUCCUACCGUGGCAGAGCAGCGCAUUGCAGGGUUCCCGGAGGUGGCUGAGGCGCUGCUUGUAGGUACGCGCAGACCGAAAGCGGCGCUUGUGUUGAGAUUGGAAGAUGGUGGGGUAGUGGAUGAUGCGCUAUGGGGGAAGAUUGAAGAAGUCAAUGGGAGCUCGCCGGUCUACGCGAGGGUGCAGAGAAACAUGGUACUUCUGGUUCAAGAACCCUUUUUAAGAACCGCGAAGGGAAGCGUAAGGAAAGUGGAUAUGGCUAGGAUGUAUGAGAGGGAGUUGGAUUCUUUAUACAGAAGGGGAUGUUCGGAAGAGGCGGAAGAGAAAAGGUGA